UUUCUGUUAGCUGUUAUGUUAGUUUCGUUUAAUGUUAAAGAUUUGAAAGGUGUUGAACGAUUGGGGAAUGGUUUUCGCAACUCGAAACUCCACCGGCGUUUAGCCGAUUCUGUCCAGUCUGUUGAUGAGCAUCAACCACCAUCUAAGUCUAAAAAGAUUGGCCGUCAGAAUCGAAGUUCACUUCCUCCUCGUUUCUGCUCUUCUGCGUCUAUAACACCUUUGGCCGUUAAAUCCAACAAAAUUGGGCAGAAUUUUAUGGGUUCUCCAACUUCUACUGGUGAUUUAUAUCCAGUAUGGACGCGCCAAACGAAUGAAGAAAAGAACAUUUUUUCCAACAAUGACUGCGACUAUUCUCCACUAAGGCACCAAAGACAUUUUGUUGAUACCACCACUGAAUCACUUAUUCCAAGUUUUGGCAUCCCAGCCUUGCCUGUAAAGCUUGCUCGCCGAACUUUAAUAACAGAACAUAGUAAUGGUUUUUAUAAUGAUAGGCCAAAGAUGUCUACAAAAUGCGUGAAUUUUGCACCAAUUUUGGAUACCUCACAAUCAGAUGUAAAUGAAGCAGAGAAUAAAGGCGAUGAUAUUGUUCAUAAUACAUUUCAUGAAGAGCAAGUUAGAAGUGAGUAA